AAAACGCUGUUUCCGGAAGUAGUCCUGUUAAAAGUCCAUGUGGAGGCUGUGAAUUAUUUUCUGUUUAAAAAAAAUAAACUAAAAAAUGGGUAAGAAGGGCAAAAAAGACAAGAAAGUAAAGGGGGCCGAAAAGACAGCGGCCAAAAUGGAGAAAAAGGUGUCAAAGAGAUCGAAAAAAGAAGAGGAGGAUCUCGAGGCUCUCAUCGCCGAGUUUCAGUCGCUGGAUGCGAAGAAAACGCAGGUUGUCGAGACGACGUGUCCUCCUCCAUCUCCCAGGCUGAACGCGUCUCUGAGCGCACAUCCAGAAAAAGACGAGCUGAUCCUGUUUGGCGGAGAAUACUUCAAUGGAAAAAAGACCUACCUGUACAACGACCUGUACUUCUACAACAUAAAGAAGAAUUCAUGGGUGAAAUCCGACAUCCCGAACCCCCCUCCACGCCGCUGCGCUCAUCAGGCGGUGGUGGUGCCCCAGGCAGGGGGUCAGUUGUGGGUGUUUGGAGGUGAGUUUGCAUCCCCUAACGGAGAACAGUUCUAUCACUACAAAGACCUAUGGGUUCUUCACCUCAACACACACACCUGGGAACAGAUCAAGGCUCCUGGCGCCCCCUCUGGUAGAAGCGGGCAUCGCAUGGUGCUGUGUAAAAGGCAGCUGCUUGUGUUUGGAGGAUUUCACGAGAGCGUCAGAGAUUAUAUCUACUAUAACGAUGUUCACUCAUUUAACCUGGACACCUUCGCCUGGUCCCGAUUGGCCCUGUCUGGCUCCGCCCCCUCACCACGCUCCGCCUGCCAGAUGACCACCACCCCUGACUCCUCCGGUGUCAUCAUCUACGGAGGCUACUCCAAAUCCAGAGCCAAGAAGGAUGUGGAUAAAGGGACCAUCCACUCAGACAUGUUUCUAAUGAAGAAAGAGGGAAAAGAGGAGCAAGAGAAGUGGUCAUGGAGUCGCGUGAACCCGUCAGGUGUGAAGCCUCAUCCUCGCUCUGGUUUCUCUCUGGCUGUGGGGCUGGCGGGACGAGCCAUCCUCUUCGGAGGAGUGUGUGAUGAGGAAGACGAGGAGACGCUGGAGGGAGAUUUCUUUAACGACCUUUAUCUGUACGACAUCAACAAGAACCGCUGGUUCCCGGGACAACUCAAGGGGAACAAGUCGGAGAAGAAAAAGCGUCGUCGUGGGAAGAAAGCAGGAGAAGACGAAGGACAGGAGAACGAACUAAAACAGGAGAGCGGUGAAGCAGCAGAACAACCGAUAGAAGUCGUGAAGGAAAUUGUCACCGAGGAUGGAACGGUGAUGACCAUAAAGCAGGCCAUCCCCACGGUGCAGGAGAGCGAGGAAGAGGAGGAUGAGGAAGAGGAGGAUGAGGAUGAAGGAGGCGCUGCCGCUCCUAUGGUAGAGCCGUGCCCGAGGUCGAGUGCCAUGGCGGCAGUAAAACACGGGAAGCUGUAUUUAUACGGAGGCAUGUUCGAGGUGGGAGACCGUCAGUUCACCCUGAAUGACCUGUACUGCCUCGACCUGCACAAGAUGGAGCAGUGGGACGUGCUGGUGGAGAUGGACCCCAAAACUCAAGAGUGGCUAGAAGAAUCGGAAUCGGAAGAUGACGGCGAGGAAGAGGAGGGAAAAGCAGGCGAGGAUGAGGACGAGGAGGAUGAGUCCUCGGAGGAGGAAGAGGAGAGCGAUGAUGAAGGUGAGGAUGACCAUCCCCCGGUGAAGCCCGGCGAGAGUGUGAGUGAGUAUCAGAGCCGGACCGAGGCGUACUGGCAACGACUGGCCCGCUCCAACAUGGGCUCUGAAGCCAAGGACAAGAAAGUCAACAAAGUGGCACUCGCCAUGGCCAAGGUGUUCUACGAGGAUCAGGCAUAGCAGAAGAUGAUUAUAAUGCGUGUCUGUGUGUGUGAGAGAGAGAGAUGUGUAUGCACAUUUAUGCGAAGUAUUACCUACAUCAUAUAAUGUGUGUGUGUGUGUGUGUGUACAGUUAUAAAUGUGUCAUUGCGUUUUAAGAGCAGCUUUUUUUUAUUCUCUUUGACAUAUAUGAGGAUUUCUGCUCAAUAAAACGUCUUUAUUCUUGUC